AUGAAAAAGAAGGAUAGAAUCCAUUUGAGAACGUCGCCAACCAAUGUUUGCCGGCGGCGGUCUUCACCUGGCGGCGCCACCACCAACCUCCCCCGGCUUCCGCCACUACCGACAGUCAGUCCGCUGCGCACUGACAAAACAAGGCCAGCGGUUUCUCUCUUCCCUCGCCGCCGCAGAAGAGCCUUCCACCGCCGCUAGCUUACUCCGGAAAUUCGCCGCCUCAUCGUCGAAGCACGUGGCCCUCACGACGCUCUCCCACCUCCUCUCCGUCUCCGAUUCCCAUCCCCGCCUCUCCUCCCUCGCCUUUCCCUUGUACACAGCGAUCGAGCAAGAAUCAUGGUUUAGCUGGAACGCGAAGCUGGCAGCGGAUGUGAUUGCUUUCCUGUACAAGGAAGGGAGGUUUAAAGAAGCAGAAGAUUUGUUUGCUGAGACAGUGUUGAAGUUGGGGUUCAAAGAGAGGGAUUUGUGUGCAUUCUACUGUAAUUUAAUGGAUUCUAAUGCUAAGCACAAGUCGGAGAGGGGGUUUGUGGAUUCUUGUGGAGAGCUGAGGAGGCUGAUGGCGCGGUCGGGGGCUGUUUACACGAAGCAGAGAGGGUAUUCAGCCAUGGCGGCCGGGUUCUGUGAGAUGGGGUAUCCUGAGAAGGCUGAGAAUGUGGUGGAGGAGAUGGUGGAAAAUGGGGUGAGAGUGAUGGCGUUUGAGUUGAGAUCGUUGGUCAAUGGAUACGGGCGGAAGGGGCUUCUUGAAGAUAUGAAGAGGAGCAUUGUUCGGAUGGAAAAGGAAGGGUUUGAAAUGGAUACGGUGUGUUGUAACAUGGUGCUAUCAUCAUUUGGAGCACAUGGUGAGAUUCAAGAAAUGGUUUCAUGGCUGAAGAAGAUGAGGGGGUUGGGGAUAGAGUUAUCGGUUAGGACUUAUAAUUCGGUUCUGAAUUCGUGCCCCAGCAUUAUCUUCCUGCUCAAGGAUAUGAAGAGCGUACCUCUAUCGAUUGAUGAACUGGUGGAUGGUUUGGAAGCAGAGGAGGCCGGUUUGGUGCUGGAGUUGUUGAGCUCGACUGUUCUUGAUCAAGUGAUGGAGUGCAGCCAGUCGGAGUUGAAGCUGGAUUUGCACGGGAUGCAUCUGAGCACGACAUAUUUGGUACUGCUGCAGUGGUUCCGUGAGCUGAAACUGAGGUUUGUUGCAGGGGAUUGCGCGACUCCAGCUGAGGUUCUUGUGGUUUGUGGCCGUGGAAAGCACAGCUCUGCAAGAGGGGAAUCGCCUGUGAGAGAUUUGGCGAAAGAAAUUAUUGUGAGGACGAAAUGCCCGUUGAGGAUUGAUAGGAAGAAUGUUGGAUGUUUCAUUGCCAAAGGAAAAACUUUCAAGGAUUGGUUGCUUCAUAUAUUGUGACAAAAUCCUUUAUCAAGUGACACUGUAAUUUUUUGGCAAUUCUUUGCCUGCAAUGGGAAAAGCUUCAAAUAUUUCUUA